GUCCGAUUAUUGUGUUUUUAACAUUUGCUGUGUGAAGUGAAAAUUGUGAAAUAAAAAUGGCUCGUACUAAGCAGACUGCUCGUAAAUCGACCGGAGGCAAGGCGCCUCGUAAGCAGCUGGCAACUAAGGCGGCUCGUAAGAGUGCUCCAGCCACCGGCGGUGUGAAGAAGCCUCAUCGUUAUCGCCCCGGAACUGUUGCCCUGCGUGAGAUCCGUCGUUACCAGAAGAGCACAGAGUUGCUGAUCCGCAAGCUGCCUUUCCAGCGCUUGGUGCGUGAAAUUGCUCAGGAUUUCAAGACCGAUCUGCGUUUCCAGAGCUCUGCUGUGAUGGCACUGCAGGAAGCUAGUGAAGCCUACUUGGUUGGCCUGUUCGAAGAUACUAACUUGUGCGCUAUCCAUGCCAAGCGUGUCACCAUCAUGCCGAAAGAUAUCCAGCUGGCCAGACGUAUUCGUGGCGAACGUGCUUAAAUUGUGACAACGUUGUGCGUUGUGCUUGACAAGCAUCAAAUUAUCAAACAAUCGGU